ACUUGCCACGAGACCAUGGAGAAUACUGCAUCCUGGGAUUUCCCUCUGCCCUUCUGUCGUGCUGAUGAUGCCUGUGGUGGGACACUUCGGGGGCAAAGUGGAAUAAUUUCAACCCCCCAUUACCCUUUGGAGUACAACAACAACGCUGACUGCACAUGGACGAUUCUAGCAGAGCCGGGAGACACUAUAGCUCUGGUUUUCUUGGAUUUCCAAUUGGAGGACGAAUAUGACUUUUUAGAGGUCACUGGAACGGAGGGAUCCUCUUUAUGGUUUACAGGAACAAACCUUCCUGCUCCUGUAAUCAGCAGCAAAAACUGGCUUCGUCUUCACUUUAUGUCGGAUGGGAACCACAGACAGAAGGGUUUCAACGCACAAUAUCAGGUCAAAAAGCAAAUGGAGAUUAAAUCCCGGGGAGUGAAAUUGAUGCCAAGUAAAGACAUGAACCAGAAGACAUCUGUGUUAACACAGGUUGGUGCAUCCCAGGGACAUAACAUGUGUCCGGACCCUGGGAUUCCAGAUCGGGGCAAAAGAAUAGGCAAUGAUUUCAGGUUAGGAUCCAGUGUCCAAUUCACCUGCAGUGAAGGUUAUGACUUGCAAGGCUCCAAAAGCAUCACCUGUAAGAAGCUGAGUGGUAUGAUAGCUGCCUGGAGUGACCAGAGACCAGUGUGUCGAGCUAGAAUGUGUGAUACAUACCUCCGAGGGCCCAGUGGUGUUAUCACAUCUCCUAACUAUCCUGUCCAGUAUGAUAACAACGCAUAUUGUGUGUGGGUGAUCACAGCACUCAAUCCAGCCAAGGUAAUCAAACUCAAUUUUGAAGAAUUUGACUUGGAGAGAGGAUAUGAUACACUAACUGUGGGAGAUGGAGGCCAGGUUGGAGACCAGAAAAGUGUGCUUUAUGUUUUAACAGGCACAACUGUCCCUGAUUUGAUUGUCAGCACUCAACAUCAGAUGUGGCUCCUCUUCCAGACUGAUAGUGUGAGGAACCUACUAGGGUUCAAAGCAACCUAUGAAGAAAUUGACCAGGGAAGCUGUGGAGAUCCUGGAUUGCUCGCGUAUGGCAAGAGAGAAGGGUCAACAUUUCGCCAUGGAGACUCAUUGACAUUUGAAUGCCAGCCUGCAUUUGAACUGAAGGGGAAGAAAACAAUCACUUGUCAAAAAAGUAGCCAGUGGUCUUCUCAGAAACCAGUCUGUAUUUUUUCCUGCUUCUUCAAUUUCACCAGUCCAUCUGGGAUUGUGCUCUCCCCGAAUUACCCAGAGGAAUAUGGCAGCAGCUUGCACUGCGUCUGGCUAAUCAUUGCAAAUCCUGAAAGUCGGAUCCAUUUGGCUUUCAAUGAUUUUGAUGUGGAGCCUCAGUUUGACUUCUUGGCGGUGAAGGAUGGUGGAACAGCUGAAUCACCCACCCUUGGGACAUUCUCUGGAAGCCAACUCCCAUCUUCUCUGACCAGUAGUGGCCAUGUUGCCAGGUUGGAAUUCCAGACAGAUCACUCCACUGAGAAGCGUGGCUUCAACAUCACGUUUACCACCUUCAGACAUAAUGAGUGUCCUGACCCAGGAGUGCCCGUCAAUGGAAAACGCUUUGGUGAUAGCCUCCAACUUGGAAGCUCAGUCUCUUUCCUGUGUGAUGAAGGCUUUAUAAGGACCCAUGGCUCAGAAACAGUCACCUGUGUCUUGAAAGAAGGCAAUGUGAUUUGGGAUAAUGCAGUCCUGAGAUGUGAAGCUCCCUGUGGUGGCCAUCUGACCUCACCAAAUGGAAUGAUCCUGUCUCCAGGGUGGCCGGGGUUCUACAAGGACUCUCUCAAUUGUGCAUGGGUCAUUGAAGCUCAACCAGGGUACCCAAUCAAAAUCACAUUUGACAGGUUUAAAACAGAGGUGAAUUAUGAUACACUGGAAGUGCGUGAUGGCAAAUCCUACUCGUCCCCCUUGAUUGGAGUUUAUGAUGGGACCCAAGUCCCCCAGUUUCUCAUCAGCACCAGCAAUUUCCUCUACCUGCUCUUCACCACGGACAAAAGUCAUUCAGACGUUGGCUUUCAGAUCCACUAUGAAACGGUAAAGCUCCAGUCCGAUCACUGCUUGGAUCCAGGAAUUCCAGUCAAUGGACUACGAUAUGGGAAUGAUUUCUAUGUGGGGGCACUGGUGACUUUUGGCUGUGAUCCAGGGUAUACUUUGAGUGAUAGUGAAUCUCUGGAGUGUGAGCCAAAUUUUCAGUGGAGCAGGCCACUUCCAAGCUGUGAAGCUCUCUGUGGAGGCUACAUUCAAGGAUCUAGUGGCACUGUAUUAUCACCAGGCUUUCCAGAUUUCUACCCCAAUAAUUUAAAUUGCACUUGGAUUAUAGAAGCUUCUCAUGGCAAAGGUGUUUUCUUCACUUUCCACACUUUCCACUUGGAGAGCGGUCAUGACUACCUGUUGAUCACUGAAAAUGGCAGCUUCAGUCAGCCACUGAAACAGCUCACUGGUUCCCACCUGCCUGCUCCUUUUAGCGCUGGUCUCUUUGGGAAUUUCUCUGCUCAGAUCCGCUUCAUUUCGGACUUCUCCAUUUCUUAUGAAGGCUUCAAUAUCACUUUUUCAGAAUAUGACCUAGAACCUUGUGAGGAGCCUGAAGUGCCGAUCUACAGCAUUCGCAAAGGUCUUCAGUUUGGUGUGGGGGACAUCUUGACUUUCUCCUGCUUCCCUGGGUACCGACUAGAAGGUGUCUCCAGCAUUACUUGUCUGGGCGGUAGACGGCGUGUGUGGAGUUCGCCACUGCCAAGGUGUGUUGCGGAAUGUGGCUCCUCUGUGACUGGAACUCAAGGUGUUCUCUUAUCUCCAAAUUAUCCCCUAAACUACAACAACCACCAUGAAUGUAUCUAUUCCAUCCAGACGCAGCCAGGAAAAGGAAUUCAACUUAAAGCCAGGGCAUUCAGCUUGGAAACUGGAGAUGUCCUCAAGAUUUAUGAUGGCAACAAUAACUCAGCUCGCCUGCUGGGCUCCUUCAGCCGUGCAGAGAUGUUGGGUCUCAAUGUCAACAGCACUUCCAGCUCAAUGUGGCUUGAAUUCAUCACAGAUGGAAACGGCACAAAUCAAGGUUUUGAGUUGCAGUUUUCUAGUUUUGAUUUAAUCAAAUGUGAGAACCCUGGUAUCCCACAAUUUGGCUACAAAGUCCAUGACGAAGGACAUUUUGCAGGGAGUUCUGUCUCUUUCAGUUGUGAUCAUGGCUACACAUUACGCGGAAGCCCUGUGCUUACUUGCUUGACUGGAGAGCGAAGAUCCUGGGACCAACCUCUCCCCACCUGCGUAGCUGAGUGUGGGGGCAGCAUGCGAGGUGAGUCUUCAGGAAGGAUCCUAUCUCCAGGGUUUCCAACACCCUAUGAUCACAAUCUCAACUGUGUCUGGACAAUUGAAGCAGAAGCUGGUUGCACAAUAGGGCUCCAUUUCCUAGUUUUCCAUACAGAGGACUUUCAUGAUGUUUUGAGAAUCUGGGAUGGGCCAGUGGAGAAGAGCAUCCUCCUGAAAGAAGUUAGCGGUUCUGUCUUGCCCAAUGACGUUCACAGCACCUUCAACUUGGUGGUCCUUCAGUUCAACACGGACUUUUUCACCAGUAAACAGGGCUUUGCCAUUCAGUUUUCAGUGUCCACUGCCACUUCCUGCAAUGAUCCUGGGAUCCCACAGAACGGGAGCCGGAGCGGAGACAGCAAGGAGGCAGGAGACAACAUCAUUUUCCAGUGUGAUCCAGGAUACACCUUGCAGGGUGAUGCCAAGAUCAGCUGUGUGCAGAUCGAGAACAGGUUCUUCUGGCAGCCUGACCCGCCCACUUGCAUAGCACCUUGUGGUGGGAUCCUAGCAGGACCUUCGGGGGUUAUCUUGUCCCCCGGUUACCCAGAGCCUUACCCUCCAGGAAAAGAGUGUGAUUGGAAGCUGACCGUCUCACCGGAUUAUGUCAUUGCUCUGGUGUUUCACACGUUUAAUUUGGAACCAGGGUAUGAUUUCUUGCACAUCUAUGAUGGGCCCAGCUCACUUAGUCCCCUGAUUGGGAGUUUCUAUGAUACCCAAGUACCAGAAAGGAUUGAGAGCAGCAGCAACAACCUCUUCCUGGCCUUUCGUAGUGAUGCUUCUGUCAGCAAUACAGGAUUUGUAAUCCAUUUCACAGAAAACCCCAGAGAAUCCUGUUUUGAUCCAGGUCUGAUUAAAAAUGGAACUCGAGCUGGAAGUGAGCUGAAACUGGGCUCCACAAUCACAUACUACUGUGACAGUGGUUAUGUGAUUGAAGGGGUGUCCACUGUGACAUGUGUCAUGGAAGGAGAUGGGAAACCUGUGUGGAAUAAGCCAAGGCCCAUGUGUACAGCACCGUGUGGAGGUCAGUACACAGGAUCAGAUGGUGUCGUCCUAUCACCCAAUUAUCCUCAGAACUACACCAGUGGACAAGUGUGCCUGUAUUUCAUCGUUGUGCCCAAAGAUUAUGUGGUAUUUGGCCAGUUUGCCUUCUUCCAGACAGCUCUCCAUGACAUCAUUGAAGUACAUGAUGGUCCAAACCAACAUUCUCGCCUCCUGAGCUCUCUCUCUGGUUCUCAUACGGGUGAAUCAUUGCCUCUGGCUACCACAAACCAAAUACUGAUCAAAUUCAGUGCUAAAGGGCAGGCCACAGCCAAAGGUUUCCAUUUUGUCUAUCAAGCGGUUCCACGAACCAGUGCCACCCAGUGCAGCUCCGUGCCAGAGCCCCGUUACGGGAGACGGAUUGGCAUUGACUUCUCGGUGGGGGCUGUGGUCCAGUUUGAGUGUAAUGCUGGCUAUGCUCUCAAGGGAUCUCACAGCAUUGAAUGCUUGACAAUGCCUGGAACUCUUGCCCAGUGGAACUCUUCGGUGCCUACUUGUCUUGUGCCUUGUGGUGGAAACUUAACAGAGCGAAAAGGCACCAUUUUGUCCCCUGGAUUCCCUGAGCCCUACUUGAACAGCCUCAACUGUGUGUGGAAAAUAACUGUCCCUGAAGGAGCUGGAAUACAGAUUCAAGUGAUCAGUUUUGUUACAGAACAGAACUGGGAUUCCCUAGAAGUCUUUGAUGGAGGGGACAAUACAGCCACCAUGCUGGGCAGCUUCUCAGGUACCACUGUCCCUGCCUUGCUCAACAGUACCUCUAACCAGCUGUAUUUGCACUUCUACUCUGACAUCAGUGUCUCUGCUGCUGGAUUUCACCUGGAGUACAAAACUGUGGGUCUCUCCAGUUGCCCAGAACCAGCUGUCCCCAGUAAUGGCCUGAAAAUUGGUGAAAGAUAUGUGGUGAAUGAUGUGGUCUCCUUUCAGUGCGAGCCAGGAUAUGCUCUCCAGGGGCACUCUCAUAUUUCCUGCAUGCCAGGAACUGUGCGACGCUGGAACUAUCCUCCUCCACUUUGUAUAGCCCAGUGUGGCGGAAUCUUGGAAGAGAUGGAAGGUGUCAUCCUGAGCCCCGGCUUUCCUGGAAACUACCCUAGCAACAGUGAUUGUACCUGGAAGAUAUCCUUUACUGUAGGAUUUGGUGCUCAUCUCCAGUUCUUAAACUUUUCCACUGAACCUAAUCAUGAUUUUGUUGAAAUUCGCAAUGGGCCAUAUGAUACCAGUAAUAUCAUCAGCCGAUUUAGUGGGACCGACCUCCCAGGCUCUCUUCUUUCCACGUCACACGAAACCACCUUAUAUUUCCACAGUGACCACUCACAGAACAAGCCUGGUUUUAAAGUAGAAUAUCAAGCUUAUGAACUCCAGGAGUGCCCAGAUCCUGAGCCCUUUGCCAAUGGCAUAGUAAGAGGAGCAGGUUAUAGUGUGGGGCAAUCCAUCUCUUUUGAGUGCCUCCCUGGCUAUCAGCUGAUUGGACAACCAGUCUUAACCUGCCAACAUGGAACCAAUAGGAACUGGGACCACCCAUUGCCCAGGUGUGAAGUUCCCUGUGGAGGAAACAUGACUGCCCAAAAUGGAACGAUCUACUCCCCCGGAUUUCCCAAGCAGUAUCCCAAUUCCCAGGACUGUACAUGGCUAUUUGCGGUGUCAUCCGGAUAUGGCAUCUACCUCAACUUUACCUUGCUGCAAACAGAGCCGUACAAUGACUUCAUCACUGUCUGGGAUGGUUCUCAAGAGACAGCUCCCCAGUUGGGGGUUUUCACGGGACAUUCCGUGAAGAAAGCUAUCCAAAGCUCUUCCAACCAUGCUCUGAUGAAGUUUCAUAGUGAUGCAGCCAAUGGAGGCCUCUUUGCCAUCCACUUCUAUGCCUAUCAACUUUCUAAGUGCCAACCACCAACUAUGGUACCUAAUGCUGAAAUCAUCACUGAGAAUGAAGAUUACAAUAUAGGUGAUAUUAUUAGGUAUCAAUGUCUUCCUGGUUUCACCUUGGUUGGAAAUGAGAUCCUGACAUGCAGGCUUGGUACCCACCUCCAAUUUGAAGGCCCUCCCCCAACUUGUGAAGUUCACUGUCCAAUGAAUGAGGUCCUCCGUGAGUCCACAGGAGUGAUCCUGAGCCCAUCCUUCACAGGCAGCUAUCCUCACUUCCAAACUUGCUCUUGGAUGAUAGCAGUGGAACCCGAGUACAACAUCACUUUCACUGUUGAAUAUUUCUUGAGUGAGAAGAAGUAUGAUGAGUUUGGGAUAUUUGAUGGGCCUUCAGGUCAAAGUUCACUGUUACUGUCUCUAAGUGGAAAUUACUCUGCACCACUGCUGGUGACCACUUCAGGAAACAGAGCCUAUCUCCACUGGUCCUCUGAUCAUGCCUACAGCAGAAAGGGUUUCCGGAUCCGAUAUUCUGCUCCUUAUUGCAGCCUCCCUCCAGCACCUCUCCAUGGCUCUAUCCUCAGCCACUCCGGCCUGCAGCCAGGAAGCACCAUUUGGUUCGGUUGUGACACCGGCUACCGCCUUGUUGGCCACAGCUUUUCAACAUGUUCAAGACACCCCCAGGGUUACCACCACUGGAACAAAGCCAUUCCUCUUUGUCAAGCAAUCUCCUGUGGAGUUCCCAGAGCUCCAAAGAACGGGGUUGUUUUUGGCAGAGAGUACACCAUGGGCAGCAAAGCAGUUUACCAAUGCAAAGAGGGCUUUCAUCUCCAGGCCCAAGAUAACUCCAGCGUGGAGUGCCUGGCUACUGGACAGUGGAGCAAUGGCAAUAAUCCUCUUCCAUGUAUGGCGGUCAGCUGUCCUGACAUCAGCAGCAUUGCUGUGGAACAUGGGAGAUGGAGGCUGAUCCAUGAAACUCAGUACCAGUACAACGCACAACUCAUGUUGAUCUGUGACCCAGGCUACUAUUACAUUGGGUAUCGUGUCAUUGGCUGCCAGGCGAAUGGGAAAUGGAGCAUAGGAGAACCUAUGCCGACCUGUAGAAUCAUCUCCUGUGGAGAUUUGCCCGUGCCAUCCAAUGGAAACAGGAUUGGAACCUUAACCUCUUAUGGAGCUACUGCAAUUUUCUCCUGCAAUAGUGGCUACACCUUAGUGGGUUCUCGUGUGCGAGAAUGUAUGGCCAAUGGUCUUUGGAGUGGACUAGAAGUGACAUGCCUGGGUAUCCAGGAAGGGUUCGUUCUAUAUUGGACUCUCAGUAAUUCUACCUCCUCCUGUUUACUUGUCCCUCCAGCGGGUCACUGUGGUGAGCCAGGUUCUAUAGUCAAUGGCCAGAUCAAUGGAGAGAACUACAAUUACCGUGGCAGUGUAGUGUACCAGUGCAACCCUGGCUUCCGGCUCAUUGGCAUGUCGGUCCGCAUCUGCCAGCAAGAUCACCACUGGUCUGGGAAGACUCCUGUUUGUGUGCCCAUCACCUGUGGUCACCCAGGCAAUCCAACAAAUGGCCUGACCCAAGGCUCUCAGUUCAAUCUCAAUGAUGUGGCCAAGUUUACAUGCAACGUUGGAUAUCGCCUUGAAGGGACUUCCCAGUCCCAAUGCUUGGCUAAUGGCCAGUGGAAUAAACCCUUACCCAUCUGUCGCAUUGUAAAUUGUACUGAUCCUGGACACCUGGAAAACUGUGUUCGUCAAGUGCAACCAAAUGGGCCUCAUAGAUACAGCUUUGGAACAACCGUCUCUUAUCAAUGCAACCAUGGAUAUUAUUUGCUGGGCACCCAUGUGCUCACCUGCCAGGGCGAUGGAGUUUGGGACCGGCCGCUCCCUGUCUGCCAUUUGGUCUCCUGUGGCCAUCCUGGAUCCCCACCUUAUGCCCAGAUCUUGGGUGAUGUCCAUACCGUAGGGGCAGUGGUGCACUACAAAUGCCAAGAAGGCAGAAAUUUGAUUGGUAAUUCCACCCGCACAUGUCAGCUUGAUGGGCGUUGGAGUGGCUCUCUACCUCAUUGCUCAGGAAGCAUCCGAGGACUUUGUGGUGACCCAGGAAUCCCUUCCCACGGUAUCCGGCAUGGUGAAAACGAGUUAAGUGUGAACAGCACAGUCUGGUUUAGCUGUGAGCCGGGUUACACUCUCCGGGGCUCACUGCAAAGAAUGUGUCAAGCCAAUGGAUCAUGGAGUGGCACUCAGCCAGAAUGCGAAGUGAUAUCAUGUGGGAACCCUGGUACACCCAGCAAUUCAAGGGUAUUAUUCAAUGACGGCCUGGUGUUCUCCAGCUCCAUCAUAUACAAGUGUCGCGAUGGCUAUUAUUCCACAGGUGUGCUCAGCAGGCAUUGUACAGUCAAUGGAACCUGGACAGGGAGUACCCCAGAAUGCACAGUGAUAAACUGUGGGGACCCUGGAGUACCAGCCAAUGGCAUUCGAAUGGGCAAUGACUUCACCUAUAAUAAGACUGUCACAUUUCAGUGCAUGCCAGGUUACAUGAUGGAGUCAGAAAGAGCUUCUACUUUAAUUUGCACUAAGGACCGGACCUGGAAUGGGACAAAACCUGUCUGCAAAGCUAUCAUCUGCAAAUCUCCACAAAUUGUUUCCAAUGGAAGGGUCAUGGGCUCAGAUUUCAGUUGGGGCUCAAGUAUCAGUUAUACCUGUCUGGAAGGCUACCAGCUCUCCCUAGCUGCUGUUUUGACCUGUGAAGGAAAUGGAUCAUGGAGUGGAGAAAUCCCGCAGUGUUUUCCUGUCUUUUGUGGCGAUCCAGGAAUCCCAGCAGAUGGGCGGCGUGAAGAUCGAGGUUUUACUUACCGCUCCUCUGUCUCAUAUUCCUGUCUGCCCCCAUUAGUGCUGGUGGGAUCAGCUCGGAGGUUCUGCCAGACCGAUGGAUCAUGGAGCGGGACCCAGCCAAGCUGCAUCGAUGCAAGUGUUACAACCUGCAUGGAUCCAGGUGUGCCCCCUUUUGGAAUUCAAAACAAUUCCCAAGGUUAUCAGGUUGGAAGUGUCAUCUUCUUCAAGUGUCAUAAAGGAUAUCUGCUGCAAGGGUCCACCACCAGAACCUGCCUUCCAAAUCUGACAUGGAGUGGAAUUCAACCAAACUGCAUCCCACACAACUGCAAGGAACCAGAUACCCCAGCCCAUGCCAACGUGGGUGCUCUGGAUCUGCCUUCGCUGGGAUACACCUUGAUCUAUUCAUGCCAGAGUGGCUUUUAUCUCACUGGAGGAUCAGAGCAUCGGACUUGUAAGGCUGACGGCACCUGGACAGGGAAGCCUCCCAUUUGCUUGGCGGAUGUCCGACCCAGUAGGCGACCUGUGGGUGCUGCAAAGGAUCAGCAUCUUCCAAAAGUCUCAGUUCCUGCUGAUGUCUUUGCCAAAAAUUCCUUCUGGAAAGGCUCUUAUGAAUACAUGGGCAAAAAGCAGCCAGCCAUGCUUUCUGUCACCAGCUUUGAUCCAGUCACCAGUAAAGUGAAUGCCACCCUGAUAGACCACAGCGGUGUGGAGCUGCAAGUCUCUGGUAUUUACAAAAGAGAAGAUGUCCAUCUUCUCCUCCAGGUACACCAAAUUACAGGGCCACUAGAGAUCUUCAUGAACAAAUUCAAGAAUGAUAAGUGGGCAUUGGAUGGACACGUCACCCCAGAAGCUUCAAGUGGAACAUUUGUCUACCAAGGGUUUGUCCAUGGCAAAGGUUUUGGACAAUUUGGCCUCCAAAGACUAGAUAGCAGCAUCAUUGAACGGGAUCCUGAAUCAAUAGGACAUCCAUUUGCAUCCAACAGCAGCUCAGUUGCAGCUGCGAUCCUUGUGCCUUUCAUUGCCCUGAUGAUUGCAGGGUUUGUGCUCUAUCUCUACAAGCACAGAAGGAGACCGAAGGUGCCGUUCAAUGGCUAUGCUGGCCAUGAAAACACCAAUGUCCGAGGAACAUUUGAAAACCCAAUGUAUGACCGCAAUUUGCAGCCAACAGACAUCAUGGCCAAUGAGGCAGAGUUUACCGUCAGCACUGUGUGCACUGCAGUAUAG